CCCCUCCUCCUCCCCUCUCUCCUCCCUUCCCCUGUCUCUCCUCCUCUCCCCCCUGAAAACUGUGGCUUGGAGAGACCUUGGCUUCUCUGGGGCUCUACCCUGGGGACUGCCCGCAUCUCCUCCCGAGUCUGGGGGCAGGGGGGUCACGGCCCCACGAAACAUCUCCUCCGGCGAUGGAAGCCGCCCGCCUGCUGCCCAACCUCACCCUGUGCCUGCAGCUGCUGAUCCUCUGCUGUCAAACCCAGUACGUGAGGGACCAGGGCGCCAUGACCGACCAGCUGAGCCGGCGGCAGAUCCGCGAGUACCAGCUCUACAGCCGGACCAGCGGCAAGCACGUGCAGGUGACCGGGCGUCGCAUCUCCGCCACCGCCGAGGACGGCAACAAGUUCGCCAAGCUCAUCGUGGAGACGGACACCUUCGGGAGCCGGGUGCGCAUCAAGGGGGCCGAGAGCGAGAAGUACAUCUGCAUGAACAAGAGGGGCAAGCUCAUCGGGAAGCCCAGCGGGAAGAGCAAGGACUGCGUGUUCACGGAGAUCGUGCUGGAGAACAACUACACGGCCUUCCAGAACGCCCGGCACGAGGGCUGGUUCAUGGCCUUCACGCGGCAGGGCCGGCCCCGCCAGGCCUCCCGCAGCCGCCAGAACCAGCGGGAGGCCCACUUCAUCAAGCGCCUGUACGAGGGCCAGCUGCCCUUCCCCAACCAGGUGCAGCGGCAGAAGCAGUUCGAGUUCGUGGGCUCCGCCCCCACUCGCCGGACCAAGCGCACUCGCAGGCCUCAGCCCCUCACGUAGACGGGAGGGGACACGGGGUGGCCGCCGUCCCUCCUCAGCCUUCCCGCCGUCCCCUCCCCUUCCUAAUCCCAAAAUGGGGCUGGGGUGGAGGGCGGGAGGGAAGCCGGAGCCCCCCCAGGAGGUCCCCAGGACCAACAGGCAUCGGUGCCCACGCUGGACGGGCAGAUGCAUCACCCAGGCCUGGGCCUCGGGGCCGCCUCCUGGACCCCACCCUGGCAUGGGCCCCAGCGGUGUGGCAGGCCCUGGGGGAGACCGCUGUAGUGUGUCCCCCCACCCUCCACACACAACACAGACUCACUGAGCCCAG